AUGAUCAACACAACUGUCCAAUCUCUCGCAGUUGUUGUGUGUAUUUGCGUUAUCAUUUGUGGAAGUGUACAAGCAGCCAUCAAUGAAUUCGGAAAGCAGUAUCCUCUCACAGACAGUACUGGAUUUUAUUUAACUCCUAAUGAACCAUACCAUGCUAAUUUCGGAGUUAAAUUUCAAAAUGAUGCUGAAGGUUUUUAUUCUGUGAACUCUCUGAAUGUCAAGAUCUAUGAAAAUUAUCCAAAACUAAAUGUUGAGAAUGAUACACAAUUACAGAUUUUCGGAAUGUACUCUCUGAAUUUGACUCAAGCAGAAUAUAAUUUUGAAAAUUCAACUUUAUUUAUGUAUCUCGCAUUCGCCUCGGGAGUGUUUAAUGUCAUUCCCAACUCAAUGAAGUUAAUGCUUUUUAAUGAUGCACAAAAAUCGUUCAUCCUAAUUCCAAAUCAAGUGAGAGGUCUUGUCGAUGUACGAUAUUCAAAUAAUUCAAUUCACGAGUUGGCCACAAUCUCUUCUUCCAGCUCAUCAUUUAUUUACUUUGGAUUUUUUGGAAUUUCUCAAGAACAAACACUGGAAAUGAACGAAUGGGCUACCAUAAGCUAUCCACAAGUUGUGAAAUACAAUUUGAACCAAUUUAACCAGACAUUGAGCGUCUUUUACUAUGAUCCAUUUAGCACAGUAGCUCAUCAAGCUCAUUUCUAUAAGGCAUAUAUUAUUACUGACAUUCCCUCAACAGAUGCAUUGCAGUUACCUUCAAAAGAAUACGUUAUUCUUCAUAGAUUUAAUAUUGUUGGAGCUGAUGGACAAAAUCCUUCACAACCUGAUUAUCGAGGAAUUGGAGUUCCCAAUUUCAUUUUCACAUUUGAUUCUAAAUAUGGGUUUUCCGAUUACAAAGGAAACAAGAUUUCCAUCAAUGAAUCUACAUUAACAUGUGCCUAUCAAUUGAAAAAUACUCAGGAUUUAUCAUUGAAAGAAGGAGCUGCCAUUGUAGAUCCACAAACACAGCAAGUGACUUGUUUAUGGUAUGGAUCUAGUAGUAGUUCCAUUGAAUCAAUUGCCCUUAUUGCUCAAUCCUCAUAUGAUUACACGACUAUCAUUAUUGGUGUCAGUGUAUCGAUUGGUGGAGCUGUAUUGUUGAUCGUGUUCGUCAUAUUUGCAACAUUUUUGGGCUAUUUGAUGUGGAGAAGAAAGAAAAAGAAAAGAUAUCAAACAUUCUAG